AUGGGUCUAAGGGACAUCAAGUCGACUCUCCCGCCAUGUUUUAGAUUCCACCCAAGUGACCAGGAGCUGGUCUGCCACUAUCUCCGAAAGAAGGUAGCCAAUGAACGAGUCUCCGGAGACACCAUGGUGCAGGUGGAUUUGCACACUCGAGAGCCGUGGGAGCUUCCAGAGGUGGCAAAGCUCAGCGCCAAUGAGUGGUACUUCUUCAACUUUCGUGACCGCAAGUACACCAUUGGCUCGCGCACAAACCGAGCAACAAAGUCGGGAUACUGGAAAGCCACGGGAUUCCAAAGAGAAGAAGGAGAACAAGGCAGAAAAGGAAGAGAAAGAAAGGGAAGAAGACAAGGACAACACAGAGAGAUUGUUCUCAAUCAUCUAGCAGUGUUCUCAUCUCAGAACUGA